CUUGUAUCUAAAUAAGUGUUCUAAAUAGUUAAUACUAUAUUAAUACAACAUUACGAUUACAGAAAACUUGAAUGGUUGGUGUCAUGGCCAUCAAUUUCACUAGUGGUUGCCUAUACAAAAUAUCCUUUAAAAUAUAGCAUAUUGUAUUAAGGAGACGAAUAGGCAACCACAAGCAUAAGUAAUCUCCACUGACGAUAGUGUCUCCGAAAAAUUAAAGGCGUUUCGCACUUUCCCAUAUAAUUGUCGUAAAACAUAAUAUAUUUUGUAAAUAGUAAAUUAAGAUUUAAGACUGUGAGCUUGGAGCAGUGAUGUUCUAUGGUCAGACGGUGGUGCAAUCGUCUGGUUGUCAUGCUGGUAUUUUGGAGUGGCAUUGAUAACAACUUCCACACCGUUGAUUAUUUUUAAAUAUGGAAUAAUCUCGAGUCUAGCAUCUACACUGGAAUACGAUACACAGCCUGCAUACUUACCGGUUGCUAGUUUUCACCUGCGUGAUUCGUAGAACUGUUCGUCUACUAAAAAAUUAAAAUACUAUUUAGAUAGUAAAUCAAUAAGUAUCAUACUAUAAUUGUUAAAUAUUCGUCUAUAAUUUCUCGUUUCUAUUUAUUUGUCAAUCUACCUGCUUGUCAGACCGUAAAAUAAUUGUUUCCGGGAUCAUCAUUGUCGAUCUUCGAAUUAGCUAAGUUGGGAACUUACCUGCAUGUGUUAGAAGUUUUUUGCUUCAAACAGAAGUAAAACUUUAAAAAAAACGACAAAUUCAUAUCCAUGGAACUCAAAUCGGAUAUUGACCAACACAACAUUAUUGAAGAAGUCAAUAUAUUCUUAUUUGAUAUGCCUGAAGAAUAUUCUCUAGGACAUUGUGUGGCCAAAGAUAUGCGUAUGAGUGCUGGUAUCGCCAUAUAUUUCAAGAGAAAUUUUGGAAGAGUUGGCGAACUAAUGGACCAAAGACCAAAUGUUGGUUCAGUAGCAUUUUUGCAACACAAUGAUCGAUUUAUUUACUAUUUAGUUACAAAAGAAUUUAGUAACGGUAAACCAUCAUAUAAUAGUAUAACUGCAGCAAUUACAAAAUUACGUGAUUUUAUUGUACAACAUGAUGUUAAAAAAUUAGCCAUCCCACGUAUUGGUUGUGGUCUCGACAAAUUAGACUGGUCAAUAGUAAGACGCAUUAUUGAAAAUUUAUUUCAAAAUGUAGGAUGUACAAUCAAAAUUUGUCAUUUUACACACAAUUUGUCAAAAGAGUCAGAAUUACUUCGAGUUGAACAUCCAAGUACUAUAAAAGUUCAUAAAAAUAUCAAAGAUAUAGAAAAGCGAGAAUUUGAAAAACUGAAUAUUAUAUUAUUUUCUCGGAAAACUACUUUACCAGUGUAUUGGGAUCAACAUUUUCAAUCAGUGAAUGAAAAAUACUGCUUCAAGUCACAAUACUAUAAAGACUAUCAGACAGAUCUUGAAGUUGGUCAGUGUUUAUAUUACAGCACAAUAGAAGCUAACAUAUUUGUUAUAGUCACAAACAAAAAUACAACAGACAAUUUUUCAUAUCAAAACUUGGAAAAAGGACUUGUAAAAAUAAAAAUGUUGAUAGAGAAUGAUCAGUGGCACCCAACAUUCAUUAUACACAGAAUGAAUAAUCAUAUAUUUGAAGAUCUCAUUAAUAAAAAAAUUGUAUCCCUAAUAUGUUCAGCUUUUUUAGACUUGACUCCGUGUUUAAUUCUUCAAUUAGUAAGCAGUAAUUCUUAAACAAACUGAAGUUAAUAAAAUAUACUUUUGUUGAGUUCCAAAUUCAUGGAACAGAAUAUAUAGCAUAAAUUAACAAUUUAUGUUGAUUGUAUUAAUUAUUACAUUUAUUUGUCUUGUUUUAUAAUUUGAAUUUGAAAAUUUUAGUAAAAUAUAGAAAUUAAAGACAAUA